UUUAUGAAUGUUCAGGUGUGUAGGUGCCUCUAUAACUAAUUGUGUAAAAAAGUAAUCAAUGGAUUCCGAAGGUGUACAAGCUUUAAUAAGAAACAAAGAAGACGAUUUUAAAAUUGUUUUAAAUACUUUAUACAAAAUUGCAAGAAAUAUUUUACAAAAUCCUUUAGAAGAGAAGUUUCGUUCGAUUAAAAUUGUCAGCAAAGCUUUUCAAGAAAAAAUCUUACCAUUUGAUGGCGCUAUACAGUGUCUGUUGGAAAUGGGGUUUAAGGAAGAUGGGGAUAGGUUCACAUUGUUUUCUGAAACCAAACUCGACGAUUUAGAAGAAAUAUACAAACAAUUAAUGAAUGCUGAGAAGGUCACAUUAAAGAAGAAUUUAUCACCAAGUUUAAAAAAAUCUCAGGAAGAAAUCUUACCAAGAUUAAAAUCUCAUUUACGACAUACAGCUAUGUAUGAAAAUAAAUCUCUUCAGCAAAAAGCACGCGCUGUCAUUCCUAUAGUUGAAUUAAACACUAGAACUGAAAAAAGGCUCAGAGAAGAAACUAAUCAAGAAUUUUCAAACUACCAAUAUUGCUUCUUACUUGAGCUACUACAUUGGUUCAAGUAUGAAUUCUUUACUUGGACAAACCAACCACCAUGUACGAGUUGUCCUGAAUCAGAAAAAUAUUCAAUAGGUAUGUUGCCACCAUCAGAUGAAGAUUUAUUAUGGGGAGCUUCAAGGGUUGAAGGAUACACUUGUUCUAAUUGCAAUAAAAUUCUCCGCUUUCCAAGAUACAACCACCCAGAGAAAUUACUUGAGACGAGAACUGGUAGAUGUGGGGAAUGGGCAAAUUGUUUUACACUUAUAUGUAAAUCAAUGGCUUAUGAUGCAAGGCAUGUCUUAGAUUGGACAGACCAUGUGUGGACAGAGGUUUUUAUAGUAAGCAUGGAUCGAUGGCUACAUUGUGAUUCUUGCGAAAAUGUUUGUGACAAACCACUCAUGUAUGAACAAGGUUGGAACAAGAAGUUGUCACUUAUAGUUGCCGCUGAUCACGAGCAUAUUGUUGAUGUCACGCGAAGAUACACCCGCGAUGUAAAUGCUGUUGAAAUUCGAAGAAACAAAAUGUUUGAUUCUGAUUGGUUGAAAUCUACAAUCCGAGAAUUAAACGAAACAACACGUUUAUCAAUGACACAAGCAAGAAAGGAAAAACUCAGAAAUCGUCAGUUAAAUGAAGAAAAGGAAUUGUCUUCGGUGAAAACAGAAACUGGUGGCGAAUAUGAAGGUAGAACAUCUGGAUCGUUGGCCUGGAGGUUGGCAAGGGGGGAGACUGAUAAAGUUAAGGAUGGAAAAAGUAAGAUGGAAACUUGUGAGGUUAUAAGGCCAAGUGAAGAUGAAAUAAAAAGUGGAAUGUUGACUUUGGAAUAUUCUUCAAGUUUAGAUAAAUACACAAGAAUAACUGACAACAAUAAAUCAUAUGAUGGUUGGAAAUCGUUGGUUUAUUGCCAUCAAGAUGUAAUGAAAAAGGUGGAGCAAGAUUGGAAACAGACAUACAUCUGCAGAAAGGAAGAUACAAGUGUGGGUUAUAUUUCAUGGCGUGUUGAGUUACCUAAUACAUGCUUACUUACUCAUGUUGAACUUUGUGUGAAAGAUAGUGUAUUUGAACAAGGUCAUGUGUCAUGGCUGCUUACUACAGAUAAAACAACCCAUAUUGUUAAGUCAGGGACAACUGAAAAAAUUGAUUUGACAAAAUCCAAGUCACAAUUUUUUUCAAUCCAUGCGUUUCUAAGAGGGGAAAACUGGCAACACGCUCAGCUAUUCCGUGAACCUCUUAAUACAUCAGAAAUAUCUUUCAAUGUAAAGGUGUUAUGGAAGCAAAAAUAGGUUUUCACUGUAAAAAUGUAUUUUUUUAGGUGUAAUCUUGUUAAAGAAAUUUUGUAUAUAGUAUAGUAGGGUGAAGGAAGAUGGGACACCUUUAGCACAUAAUAUUCAAAUAUCUGGAUCUUGUUUAAAAAAAAUAAAAACGGUCUAUGUGGGAGCCGUGAGAAUAUAGUUUUAUAAUUCUUUAAAUGUUCUUCGUUUACUACUAAAUGGGAAAAGAAAAUAGAGUUAAAAUGUGUCCCAUCUUCCCCCACCCUACUAUAUAUGUUGAGCUUUUAAAGGUAUAGCUGUACUAGACAAUAAUACUAACAGAUAUUUAUUACCAAGAAUAAACCAGACCACAUUCUCGUA